UCUAAUGCAAUGAAAAAUCUUUACUGCGAUCUUGGCUUAGAAAAUGGUGAUUUAUGUCCUAUUGAUGGUGGGUGGACUUCUUGGAGCCCUUGGGAAUCUUGUUUUGGAAAAUGUGGUUUUAAAGGAAAAAAGACAAGACGUCGUACUUGUACUAAUCCUAUACCUUCUAAUGACGGAGCAUCUUGUAUAGGUCUCAGUUAUCAAAUUGAAAGUUGUCAAAUUAUGGGGUGCACUAUAAAUGAUUAUGAAGAAGUUGUAAGUACUCAUCCUAUACGUAAAGAAGAACUGAAAAUUGUGAAGGAAAUUCACAAAAAAUUACCAGCUCUAAUUGAAUUAUGUUUUCUUGUCGAUUGUACAUUUCCCAUUGUAGAAAAAGUUCUUAAAAGCAAUGCGAUGCUUUAUUGGAAUGCUAUGAAUUGUGUUAAAUAUGAUGUUGGAUGCCCAAGUGCUGGUGGUUGGAGUACUUGGGAAAUUUGGUCUUCAUGUACUGCAAUUUGUGGAAGAGGACAAAAAUAUCGUACAAGAGUUUGUAAUAGUCCAAUACCUUCAAAUUUCAAGUUAAGGUGCAAUGAUUUGGCAUUUGAAACAAGAAGUUGUAUGGGAUUUAAUUGCAGAAAAUUUUCAACAGGAACUUGGACUACUUGGAGUAGAUGGAGUACAUGCAGUGUAGAAUGUGGUAAUGGAAUUCAAACAAAAAUACGUUCAUGUUUAGAGACGCAAAGUUUACAAGGAACUUCAUGUAAAGGUUCAUCCAAAGAGAUAAAAGGUUGUGCAAUUAAUAAUUGCUCGAUAAAUGGAAUGUGGACAUCAUGGACAGUUUGGUCAUCUUGUACAUCAAAUUGUGGAAUAGGUAUACAGUUUCGAAAUCGAAUGUGUAACAAUCCCUCUCCAAGUGGUAAUGGUAGAUCUUGCAUUGGUUUAGCUUCUGAAGUUCGCCAAUGUUUCACUAAACCAUGUCUAGUUAAAUCACACGAAGUAGUACACUUUACAGAAAAAAGUAGUCUUUUAUAUAAUACAACUGGGAGAUCUUCACAUUUGCUUCAUAUGUACUUAAGAUUUUUACCAUUGUCUCCUUUCGGUACGAUUAUUUAUCGUUUUGAAAAUAAUUGCAAAGGAUUAAUAUGUGAUUUUGUAAAGUUGUUUCUUCAAAAUGGGAAGAUAGUACUUCUGUCUCAAAUUGCUGGUUGUUCUUUGGCUUUAAUUUAUGAGAAAAAAUUGGAAAUUGGACAAUGGCAUGUAGUCUUAAUUGCAAUAUAUGGAACUCGUGGUAUAUUACGUAUUAAUGAUGGUCUUCAUAAAGUUAGUACUUUUUCAUGUAUGCCAAUAUCAUAUAAUUUGGAUCAUGCUAUGAAAGUAGGAGGAUUUCAAGGUCAAAUUCAAGAAAUAACAAUUAAUUUUGCAUCUAUCCUACUUCGUGCAUCAAAAGAUAAAUAUACUAAAAAAUAUGGGAAUAUUCCAUUCAGUAGUCACAAUGUCCAAUAUUUGAUGGGGGAUGAUAAUGAAGGUUUUAUUUAUGUUGGCUUAACAGAUUCAAUUGCAGUAUCAUGCCCAAGGAACAUAGAAUAUUGGCAAAUUAUAAUUGCUAUAAAAGUAGAAGACAUAAAUGGAGUUAUAGCAAUUAUAUCAGAUGAUUCUUCAAACAAAUAUGUUUUAUUAUUACUAGAAGAGGGAAACAUAAAGCUUAAAUUUCAUCAAGGAGUAGCUUAUAUCGCUAUUGAGAGUAUGGAACAUAUUUUAAUAGGAGAUUGGUUAGAAAUAAUAAUAGCCCAAGAUGGCAAAAAUAUGUACAUGCAAAUUAAUGGAAAUGAAAAGAAAUAUGUGCCUUUAGAAAUGGAAGAAAUAAUGAUUACAUCUAUAACUGACAUAUUUUUGGGAGCUAUACGUGAUGAUAUGAAAGAAAAGAUAUGUCCUAACUAUAUUGAUAUACCACAAAUGAGUUUUACUCUUGGAUCUCUUAAUAUAAAUGGGAAAGAAAUAGAUCUUAUAUCAUUAUCAGUUUUAGAAACGAGUAGUAAACGAUUUUCUAGUCAUACUAUUAGUAUAUCUGACCAUUAUGAAGAAGUGUCAUUACUGUCUGGUCAAGAGCUUAAAUUAUCUUGUUUCUAUGAUACAGUUCCCCAUGAAAGAGGACAAAUAUUUUCUAAACCAACACAUGCUGUCUGGUUAUUAAUGGAUAAAUUAUUGCAAUCUUAUGGAGAUAAGUAA